UUUUAGUGUAUGCGAUGAGAGAGCAGUUUUAGUGUGUACGAUGAGAGAGCAGUUUUGGUGUAUGCGAUGAUAGAGCAGUUUUAGUGUAUGCGAUGAUAGAGCAGUUUUAGUGUAUGCGAUGAUAGAGCAGUUUUAGUGUAUGCGAUGAUAGAGCAGUUUUAGUGUAUGCGAUGAUAGAGCAGUUUUAGUGUAUGCGAUGAGAGAGCAGUUUUAGUGUGUACGAUGAGAGAGCAGUUUUGGUGUAUGCGAUGAUAGAGCAGUUUUAGUGUAUGCGAUGAUAGAGCAGUUUUAGUGUAUGCGAUGAGACAGCAGUUUUAGUGUAUGCGAUGAGAGAGCAGUUUUAGUGUGUACGAUGAGAGAGCAGUUUUGGUGUAUGCGAUGAUAGAGCAGUUUUAGUGUAUGCGAUGAUAGAGCAGUUUUAGUGUAUGCGAUGAUAGAGCAGUUUUAGUGUAUGCGAUGAGACAGCAGUUUUAGUGUAUGCGAUGAGAGAGCAGUUUUAGUGUGUACGAUGAGAGAGCAGUUUUGGUGUAUGCGAUGAUAGAGCAGUUUUAGUGUAUGCGAUGAUAGAGCAGUUUUAGUGUAUGCGAUGAAAGAGCAGUUUUAGUGUGUACGAUGAGAGAGCAGUUUUAGUGUGUACGAUGAGAGAGCAGUUUUGGUGUAUGCGAUGAUAGAGCAGUUUUAGUGUAUGCGAUGAUAGAGCAGUUUUAGUGUGUGCGAUGAUAGAGCAGUUUUAAUGUAUGCGAUGAGAGAGCAGUUUUAGUGUGUACGAUGAGAGAGCAGUUUUAGUUUUGACGAUGAGAGAGCAGUUUUAGUGUAUGCGAUGAGAGAGCAGUUUCAGUGUAUGCGAUGAGAGAGUAGGUUUAGUGUAUGCGAUCAGAGAGCAGUUUUAGUGUGUGCGAUGAUAGAGCAGUUUUAAUGUAUGCGAUGAGAGAGCAGUUUUAGUGUGUACGAUGAGAGAGCAGUUUUAGUUUUGACGAUGAGAGAGCAGUUUUAGUGUAUGCGAUGAGAGAGCAGUUUCAGUGUAUGCGAUGAGAGAGCAGGUUUAGUGUAUGCGAUCAGAGAGCAGUUUUAGUGUGUACGAUGAGAGAGCAGUUUUAGUUUUGACGAUGAGAGAGCAGUUUUAGUGUAUGCGAUGAUAGAGCAGUUUUGGUGUAUGCGAUGAUAGAGCAGUUUAAGCGCCUCUCAUCGCAUACGCUCAAACUGCUCUCUUGUUGCUUACACUGCCGUGCCACCACGCCAUGGUAUUGGUGACUACGCUGGGCGACGCAACAUCGCCCCUGGGUACAAACAGGUGUCACACUGAGAUUUCAGACGCGAAUAGAUAGCUUGACAGAUCAUCUCGCACUUCACUGCGACUUCACUUCCACGCUCUGACGCCCUGGUGACCUCUGACACGUACACAGAUGUUCACGUGACACGUUAAUUAUCACUGCGUUGUUGCGUUAUCGUGUGUUGUAUUGGAAUAUACCCCUAUUCUAUUCUAUCAGACUGCAUGGAAAGGCAGCUGUUGUUUCUUGGCCGUGUGAUAUCACUGACUGCGUCUAUAACAGAACGGUUCGAGACGUCACGUGACCCCAAGUGCAGCAGGUCAUGCCUCUGGGUAUUGUCACGUGAUCGGGUGGGGGACUCCGGGUAUGUCUAGCGGGAAGUAUCGGCGUGGAAGGGGUGAGGACCAAGCCCCUAUUCGCAAGCGCAACAAAUCCAAAGACAUUGCUCUGCAGGAACUUAGCUCCCCAGGUCAGUCUCAGAAGCGGGCGUCUCAGUCGUCGACCCUGCCGAUCACUGCGUCUGUUGCUGACUUUCUUGGAACCGACAUCACUGAAGAUGCCUUUCAAAGAGAGGUCGUCCAGAAGACACAGACACACUACAUCGGCCGACAGGAGGCGGAGACCGAGGUGAUGAUUGACAAGCUGAUUGACAGAUACGAGGGAAAAGAUAAGGCCUUGCUGUAUGUCGUGUCGGAAAUCCCCACAGAAAUAAAGGUGCAGAUCUUCGUGAACACCCUGCUGCACCGCGGCGCCAACCCGUCGACGUGCGACAGCGCCUGGCAGACCCCCCUCCACCACGCCGUCAAGAGGAACUUCAAGGGGGUGUGUAGUAAACUGCUGGAGAACGACGCCCUCCCCCACGCCAGAGACAAGGACAACAACAUGCCCUACCACCUGGCCCUCAACAACAACAACGACGACAUCGCCGCCCUUAUCCUCAACUUCAUGCCCAACACUGCGGUCCGAGAGCUCCACACAGUGACGGAUGACAAGAACUCUGAGGCUGAGUGCAAACUCCACACACUCCUGCGCAAUGAGAUGCUGAAGACUGCCCUGGGUGUGUUGGACUGUAUGAUGGACCCUAUAGGAGACAGUGGACACAUGAGGGUGUUCUACCACGUGCUGGAGGCCGAUGAGUUUGGCAGAUCCCCGCGACAUCCGUCGUUUGGCUCUAACUCCAAGUCCUGUCUACAUGUCAUAGCCAAGGAAGGGUAUAAGUCGGUGGUGUACCACGACGUUGUCAGGCUCCUCAUCAGGAAGAAGUGGAAAGGCUACGCACGCUUCCGAUUUCAAAUGAAUUGUUUCUUGUUUUGCAUCACACUGUUCUCGAUGACGUUUUCUGCCAUCUCGGCCGUGAUGACGUCAGACCCCACAGUCUACGACUCACCUGUACAGUUAGCACGUGCGGUGUUCGAGGUGUGGUCCUACCUGGCCGUGAUCGUCACCUUCUUCCUCGAGCUCAACCAAUUCAGAAAACACAGACUAGACUACUGGAAGGACAAGUUCAACUGGAUCGACCUGUCGUCCUCCUCCCUCCUGCUGUUGGUUCCCCCGCUCCGCUUCACGCACAGACAGGAGCAGUGGCACGUCUUCUCCGUCGGCUAUCUGCUGUGGACACUCAGGCUCUUCAAAUACGCCGCAGUGUUUCGACAAACCGGAGCCUAUGCCCAGAUCUUAUGGCGCAUCAUCGCACACGACUUCAUCCAGUUCACCAUUGUCUUCGCCGUCAUCCUGCUUGCUUUCAGCGGAUCCUUCAUCAUGGCCCUAAGGGGAGAGAACUCCCUGCAAGUACACAAUGAAACCAGCACCUUCUGGGACAUCCUGUUCACAGGCGUACGGGUCCUGAUUGAGGGCGAGCCUGUCAUAGAGUACACAGAAUAUAGCACGCUGAGCUGCAUCAUCAUGGUCAUCUUCCUCUUCACCUGCAUCGUUGUCCUCCUCAACAUCCUCAUCGCCCAGCUCAGCGACACCUACCAGAACGUACAGCGGGAUGCACAACGCGGUCUGGAGCUCAACAGGGCGUGGAUUAUUGCCCGUGUUGAGCUUAACAGUCUGUUUAUAGGCAAGGGUUACCGCGUGACGAAGUACCAGGAGAUGGACGAGAUCGCAAGCCCCCUGGACGUGUUGGAGAAGUGGGAGAAUCCUCCCCUCAACGAGCUCAACAAGUACAUCCGGGACAUCUGGGACGGCCUUGACUCACACAAGCUCAACCUGCUGACGAUCAAGAACCGCCUGGCCCGACAGGAAUACACGCUCACCCGGAUACAAGAGCAGUUGGACCGACUUGUUCCUCCAGAGAGACCUCUCGCCACUACACCUACCAGCAAUACAAUAAAAGAUGAGGACAUUGAUCGCAUCCAAUCACAAAUGCUGGUGGCAGAGACAGAAGAGUCUACUGACCUAUCAGAAGCCCAGGUCGAAAUCAAGUUGGAAUGACGUGACGACAGCUGAUCCAGGAAGGUGGUGGAGUCAGUGACUCCGCGGGUUCGUGACGUCUGUCACGUUGGCGACGUGACCAGAGUGGUGUGGAGAUAGUGACCCGGUAGGUAGUGUCCACCCGGGGUUCCUUAGAUAAUGGAGUUUCUGUCGGCGUCAUUGAAUCAGUUCUGUGACGACCUCACAACUGUCCUUUGUGAAUCUGAGAACCAUUUAUGAGAAGAUCUGUGAGCCUAUUCUGUGGGAAUCUGAGAACCAUUUCUGUGAGGCUCUGUGAGCCAUUUCUGUGAGGAUCGGAAAACUAUUUCUGUGAGGAUCUGAGAAGCAUUACUGUGGGUAUUAUACUGCCAGUUCUCUAUUAUUAGGGACCUACAUCUUAUACAUGGUGGUCGAAAGAUAGUCAUAAGGAAUACAAUCUUCACGUUUAUCACAGACAUGAUGAGACGGGACACGUCAGACAACUGUAGCUUCAAAAAGCAAAAGUAUGCUGGCUUGCUGAGGGGAGGUAACUCCUGCAAGCAGUGCCCGUGGGACACCUCACCGGUGCAUCAUAGUCCCACCACGCUGUACGGAGGAGCGGUGUAUUGUAGUACAGAUUUCCCUGACAUUGCAACGUGCCAAUUCUUAUAAGAUGACGUUCAUGCUGUCUUGUUGUAUGUUGUGGAUCCCGAUUCUGUACAGAUAUACACUGUGUACCAUUGAAUAAAACUUUCAGUUGUAAACACCUCA